UGCGAACAGUGCAGCACCGUUUGACAUUUGACGCUCUUGUCAUCAUUAAACGACUUUAUCUCCUGGAAACUCCGGGAAUGAUAUAUUUGAUAAAUGUAGGAGGAGGCUGAUCAUUGUGAAAGUGAAAGUAAUGCUGUCGCGACACGAUUCUAUGCUGCUGAGAUAAUUGCAGACGAACAUCGCCAGCAUCAGAGCACGUCCGGUCGAUCUUUACACGUACACGUCUUUCUUUCAGUGCUCACCUUUUUUCGCUGCACCAGAGUAACAGAUACUUUGGACUGUUACGACAGAGGAGCCACGCCACUUGGUGAAGUCGUUCACUCACUAGUUUAAUAUGCAUGGUGGGCAACUGCACCUGAGUGCAAGUCUGGACGGUCAUUGUGGCAACAUGAAAUCAUGGAGAUGUGUGACCUGUCUGCUCCUCUUCGUGUUACUGGUUGACCUGUCAAUGGAAGGCUGUUACGACAAUUUUAACCUGACCAAAUUGACAGCAGAGAAUCUGAGUCGAGUUAUCACCCUGAAAAUACCUAAGGACAAACCAGAUCUAAAAGACAUAAUUAACUCUAGCCUCAUGGAUAAGGAUGCCCCAGAAUAUCAAAUAUACGACGACUGCAUCGACAGUGAUGAGAUUAAACACACCAUAAAUGUAACAUCUCAAGAGGGAUCUUCUCACAAUAUCUCUUACUAUCUCUUUCUGUGCUUGAUGGCGAGAGCAUUCAGUGUCCCUCCUGAGUAUAUAGUUGGCUGUGAAUACGAACUUUUAUGUGAGCACAUUUGCAACAAAUCAGCUACUGAUAAAACAACAGCAGCAACAACAACAACAAUGGCAACAACAUCAUCAGACACAACAGCAGCAACAACAACAACAAUGGCAACAACAUCAUCAGACACAACAGCAGCAACAACAACAACAAUGGCAACAACAUCAUCAGACACAACAAGAAGAUUAGGGAAGCUGCAGUGCAUGGUUCUUUGUCAUCAGACGGGCAUUUGUCAAACCAACUUGUCAUCCUCCUGGAAGUCUUUUUACCUGUCAACAAGAAACAUAAGACUCAUCUUCACCACAUGCCCGUAA